UGUGUCCUGUACAGAAGUCACGCCCAGCCGACUAACCCGGCGCAGCGCAGCCCUGCGCUUGCAGUCUGCGCCCGCGCGCCGAGAUGCCGAGCGACCUCCGCAUCGGGAAGGCAGUGCUGUUCUGCUCCAACAGCGUAUUCGUGGUGGUGGGCCUGAGCGUGGUGGCGGCGGGCGGCGUGCUGCUGACUGACUCCGGCCGCGUGCUACUGUCUCGCCUGCUGACGUCACACGACGCGCCGCGCCAGCCGCUCUUCUACUACGUGGGGCUGGCCGCCGUCUGCGCAGGCGUCGUCGUGGCCGCCGGGGGCGUGCUGGGCUGCUGGGCCGCCAGCCUGCACAGCCGCUGCUUCCUCGCCGUGUAUCUGUUUGUGCUGGUGCUGUUACUGCUUGCAGAAUGCUCUGUCGGAGUAUUGGUAACAGUGUGCCCCCGAUACCUGGGGGUUGGACUGUCUGCUGAGGAUCUUAUGGACAACCUACAACGCUAUUAUGCCACUCCAGGAGCAGACCAGUUUACAGCAGCCGUUGAUCUGGCACAGGCGCAGCUCAAAUGCUGUGGAAUGACACAACCAUCAGAUUAUGAAAUGUCAUGGUGGAAACUGAGAGAUAUUGGUCAGAAUGAGCUUAUAGUUCCCCUGUCUUGUUGUAUUCUGAAAAACAAAGAUGAUCCUGGGGCAUUUCUUGAUCCUAUACCACAGAACAACUCGCUCUGCCAGUCAGUAGAUGAGACCAUCAACAAUAAAGCACGACAUACUGAGGGGUGCUCAAAGAGGCUAGAGGCAUGGCUAAAGCAGCACAGUGCUAUGUUUCUAGCUGGCAGUUUGACACUAGUACUGGUAGAGUUGUCUGUGGUCCUGAGCACUCUGCUUGUAUGUGUGAAACUGCCACGCGAUCCAUCUCUUCGACCUGCGUGAAGACGGCUGGACCUCCCAGGAUGUGACUUUACAAAUGCAGAAACAGCAUAUCCUUGGGAGGAUCGUCACUGGAGUAGAGGAAGAUGUGGGACUUUCUGCUAUGCUCCCAGUGCUGAAAUAAUAGCUCGUGUAACUGCAAAGCAGAACCCUUCCAGUGUUGCAGGUACUGACAGAAGAAGGUGGUGCAUUUAUGAGAGUGACAUUUCCUCAUAUACUGCUAGUCUGAGAUUCUUGAAUCCACAAAGUAGGCUAAAUGUAACUGAUGUGACAGAAACUGGCAGUAUGAUUUGGUAACUCAUUUCCAGAAUUACCUUUUACCGCUAAAAUAACAUACAGAGGCUAAAAGUUACUUGUGAUACUCAGUGAAAGUAGAAUAACUAGUUCAAAAUGUAUGUUUUUGAAAUAAAUGCCUCGCCAAUAUUGCAGUUCUUACGUUUAAUAAGAGCACAUGAUGAAUGAAGACUGUCAAAGCAAUAUAACAUUAUGUAAAUAUUGUAGAUACUUGUAUAAUUCAAUUAAAACACCAUUUAAUAUACACUGCUGUAGCUGUUAGCCCUAUGUCAUCUCUGUGGUUUAUGUUCCUCUGAUGUAAGAGUCAAUGUAAUAGUAUGUAAUUAUUGUAAGGUAGAGGCAUAUUUUAUUUAAAAACAAAUCUGAUUACCCACUACUGCAGAUUUUGGUGCUUUAUUUUCAUCUGACGUCAUCAGAUUAUUAUUUGCAAUUCUGUGAAAUACAAAUAUCCAUAGCCAUUGUUUUGUUUUUGAUAACAUUUUCUUUUGUUUUAUUACUAUAAAUUGUAAUGUAGAUUGCAAUUCAUGUCGAAUAUCUAUUUAUGUAGUAGAUGGAAAUUAUGACAAAAGUUAUCUAUUUAAUGUAAUGGAUAUAAUAUAAUUUUUCAAAGUUAGCACAGUCUUCAUAAAACAUUAUUUUCAAAAUGGUAUUGUUGAACCUGAAUUGUAGUAGUCAAUCAUUAAUGAGAUGACAGUUUGAGUUAUGCAUUGAAAUGUUUAUGUGAAAUAGUGACUGUUUCUUAUAAUUUUUUAGUCUGACAAAUUUUGUUUGAUUUCUGAGAUGUUAUACCAUUAACUUGGAAAAACACACUAUUGUAUAUAUUCAGUAAGUUUCAAAGUAUGUAAUUUUAAACAUGAAUAAUUAUAGUGGGAAAUAUCUGGUAGAAUGCAAAUAUUGUGGGAAUAAAGGAGACCACUCACUGAAAAGCACUGUAUGUCCAGCCAGCACCAUGUAGGGGCACAGGUGUGUUGGUGUUUGUAGUCUAGCUUAAAAAAAAAGUAUUGAUUCAAAAAGCUUACAAUUUUUUUUCAUUCCUUUUCUGUGUAAGCAUGUUGACAAUUCAAUGUUUUUGCAUUUUGCUGAUUGGUCUCCUUUACUUGUAAAGUAUUUACACAUGAAUACUUUUAUUUAAAAAUAUAUUCAUAAAUGAAUGUAACAUGUCAUUAACAGUGAUUUACAUGUAUUUGAUGUUUCAUUUGAACUGAAACUGGAAACAGUUUUUAUUGUUGUCAUUCUAUCUACAAGCAGAAAGAUGUUUCAUAUCGAAAGGAAGGCCAUGUAAUAUGUAAAGAAACUGAUAAAAUGAUCACAUCAUAAAUAGUUUUCAUAUUUGUGUUUCUGUACUAUGAGCUACUUACUUGAUUCAUUCUGCUUCUUAUUUGGCUGAAGUACCUGAAGUAUGCUAUUAAUAUCAGAAACAUCAAGGCAGAAGUUCUCACAUAUCUGUGCAAUAUAAAUGUACAGUCCAAAAUCUAGUAUUUUUGACAGUGUAUUUUUGAAAUUUUCAUAUGUACAUAAAUUCUGAGUGCCGCAUACAAUAAACAGAUAUUUGACUUUUGUUUUCUUUAGCUUUCCUGUUAGUUGUCAUGCAGGUCGUAUACUGGUCAGCACACUCGACACUAUAACCAUGGCAGUUUUUCUCAUUGCCUACUCAGUAAUUUACAAGCUGCUGGAAUGACUUUAGGUUAAAAUGUGGUUAUUCCCUUUUAAUCAUGUCAAAAUGUAAAUAAAAAAAUUAAAUUUUACAAAGAUGAGA